AUGCAUCGCUCUUCUUAUGAUGGACGUUCAGGCUCCCGUGGCAGUCACUCCAACAGCAGCGCAUUCAGUCCCAACGCCAACCCUAAUGAAGACUGGACCAAGAUUUCGGAUCUGGCAGAGCGCCGUCGCAUUCAGAACCGUAUCGCUCAGCGGAACUAUCGCAAGAAGCUGAAGCGUCGCCUGGAGGACCUCGAGAGACGAGCAGCAACAUCCGCAUCCCCCGAACAGUCCCAUGCAGAGCCCGUGUCACCCAAGGCUUCACCCCCUAAGACCCGAACCAAGCAACGAGCCGUCAAAUCCGAGGUCAAGCCGCACACUCACUCAGAUCGGUCUGGUUCCAACGAGUACUAUGGACCGGAUGAGCGCCAGACCAUGUUUGCCCAACAAUGUACUCGCCAGCUUUCAGCCUCGCCACCCCCAGUCUUCUCCCACCCAUCCAUCUCUUCUUACGACGCUUACCGGCAAUCGGCCUACGCCCAGUCCCCGCUCUACCACACCGCGCCAAGCAGCUAUAGUGACUUGGCCUACCAAAGCGAAUACGGCGAAACAUUCCCAUCAAUCAUGCCAGUGCUCCCGUCAAUGGGAGCACCACGCAAACUAGCCUACGACGAAGAUCUGAUAAGCCCGUUCAGCAUGAGCUAUGCAACAAUGGCUGGCAUCGAUCUCGUCCAGCAACAACAGUCGCAGCAGGCCCAUGCCCACGCCCACGCCCACGCCCACGCCCACGCCCACGCCCACGCCCACGCCCAGGCACAAACACAAGGAUAUCCCUCAGGUCUUCCGAUGCCCUCGCUUGCCUACAGCUACGAGGACCCGCGAGCACCAUCAACGUCACCAGAGGCAUCCAUCUUCACAUCGCCCCUCACCCCCGAAUCCGCCCCUUGUUCGCCUCGUUCUAUCAUGUACGAGUAUGAUCUACGGUAA